CUAUCCCGGGCGUUGAAGGCCAUGAAUUACACGUCUGGGUGGGCUAGACGGAACCUGAAGCAGCCAAAGCUGAUGAAGGAUCCAGAAGAGCAGGCCAAGCUUCCGCUGUCGGAGCGAGAGUCCCCCAUAGAAAGCUCCGGCCUCGGUGAGCCGGACUACACUGAAUUCGACUUCCUGGACGAUGCCACUAGCGCUGCGGCCGCCGCCGAGGAGGGAAUUGACGAGGCCGAAGAGGCCGCCGAGGAGGGAGCCGACGAGGUUGAAGAGCCAGCCGCGGAUGAAGGUGCCCCGGAGGCUUGAUCGGCUAUUCCCUGUUGUAAUUAGCUUUUCAUUUUUUGCCAAAUGAUGUAACGGCCGAAGUGCCCCCAAUUGUAAUGAACUCACUAUCAA